AUGGAGCUGGGGUUGAACAGCUCCCAGCAGAGCCCCGCUGGAGCAGCUCCAAACCUGACCCUGCUGCACACCCGGGACGAGCAGCUGGCCAAGGCCGAGGUGGGCGUGCUGGCCACCAUCCUGGCCGUGGCCACCGUGGGCAACCUGGGCGUGCUGCUGGCCAUGUACCGGCUGCGCAGGAAGAUGAGCCGCAUGCACCUCUUCAUCCUUCACCUGGGSCUCAGCGAUCUGGCCGUGGCGCUGUUCCAGGUGCUGCCGCAGCUCCUCUGGAAGGUCACCUACCGCUUCCUGGGGCCCGACGCGCUCUGCAGGGCCGUCAAAUACCUGCAGGUGCUCAGCAUGUUCGCCUCCACCUCCAUGCUGAUGGUGAUGACCCUGGACCGCUACCURGCCGUGUGCCGCCCGCUGCGCUCGCUGCAGCAGCCCGGCCGCCAGGCUUACGCCAUGGUGGGGGCGGCCUGGCUGCUCAGCUGCCUGCUCAGCCUGCCCCAAAUCUUCAUCUUCUCGCUGCGGGAAGUGCGCCCAGGCUCUGGGGUGUUGGAUUGCUGGGCGCAUUUCGGGUUCCCGUGGGGAGCGCGCGUUUAUGUCACCUGGACGGCGCUKUGCGUCUUCGCGCUGCCCGUCGGCGUCCUGGCCGUGUGCUACAGCCUCAUCUGCCACGAGAUCUGCAAAAACCUCAAGGGCAAAACCCAGAGCGGCGCUCCCGGCCCGGGGGGAGCCGCCCCCGCCGCCCCCGGAGCCCCCGGGAAGGGCGGGCAGCCGUCGCGGGUGAGCAGCGUGCGCACCAUCUCCCGCGCCAAGAUCCGCACGGUGAAGAUGACUUUUGUCAUCGUGGCCGCCUACGUGGCCUGCUGGGCGCCCUUCUUCAGCGUGCAGAUGUGGUCGGUGUGGGAYGAGGACGCUCCCGACGAUGAAUCCACCAACGUGGCUUUCAGCAUCACCAUGCUGCUGGCCAGCCUCAGCAGCUGCUGCAACCCCUGGAUUUACCUGUUCUUCAGCGGGCACCUGGUGCAGGGCUCCGGGCGCUGCCGCUGCUGCCGGGGCCGUUCCCGAGCGGGGCUGCGCAGACCCAACUCCACCGGGAGCCUUUGCAGCCGCAAAACCACCAUCCUGAGCCACAGCCAGCCGGCCGGGGUACCCCUGCAUGGGGACAGCGCCCCGGAGCUGGAGCCGCCCUGCGAGGAGGUGACAGAGUCGGGCACGCUCUGA